AUGACUUGCUCUCCUUUUUGCCACUUUUCUUAUACCAAGUUCAAUAUUAGAUCCAAUAUAGUAUUGUAUCGGGUAUAUAAUGAGUUUUUACCAUCAAAUAUGUUAGCCAAAAGAGUGCAUUUCAAUCUCUGCCUGUUUGUUGCUGCAGGUUUGAGUCUCCCUAGUGGUGCAGUGAAGUUAAAGUGGCCCAAGAUUUAUUAUUUCUACAUGAUCCUUUCUGAUAUCUUUACUGUCGCAAACCUAGUGACAAUCGGAGUCAACUUGUUAGCUCCCAACGUUUCCAUCACCAAGAGAUGUUACAGCGGUUUCACAGCACUCGCUACGGCUCAAUCUGUCAUCAAACUGGUUGCCUGUUACAUUUCCAGAAAUAAAUUUGCUCACUAUUUCAAACUUUGGGACAAUCUUGUGGAAAAGAGUGCUGACAGAGAGUUGCAGAAAAGUUUGACUGAGAAUUCAAAAUGGAUUAAACGAUUGUCUACAUUCAUGUUUCUGUUCAUGGUCGGACCUAUGAUACCCUGGGGCUCGUUGCCUCUCUUCAUAAAAGUGCUGUCCUACAUUAUUCCUGCUUUGGAAGACGGGUAUCACUUCAUUGCUGUUCCGGCACAGUUCCCAUUCGACCCUCUUGUAUCUCCUGCUUACGAGUUCGUCACUGUUUUCCAGGGUGUAGCCGCAGCAGCUGUAAACUCUAAAUUGAUUGCUUACGAUUGUAUGAUUUACGGGCUCAUUUCGUGUUUGGUUGUGAAACUGAAAUUUUUGAAAACCUCUUUUAAAAGCAUUGUUGAUCCAUAUCAAGGAAGAUCAAAAAGUGUUUUGCUGAAAAAAGGGGUGAGAAACCAUCAGAAACAUCAGCUGAGCCGCUGGGUACAAGAGCAUUGCGACUUGAUGGACCUGUGUCGUUAUCUGAAUAGACUUUACUCUCCGGUACUUCUCCUUCAGCUCUUCUUGGAUGUUUUGAUCCUCUGCUCCAAUGCUUUUGUGGUAGCUUCAGCAACCGUAACCAAGAUGGAAAUAAUGUUCUCCUUCGGAUACGUUUUGGGAACAGUCAUCCAGCUUUAUACACUGUGCUGGCUUGGAGAAGAAAUAACAAAUCAAAGCCUUACCUUAACUGAUGAAGGGUUCUGGCAAGAAUGGUAUUCUAAUCCUCGUUACAUCACCAGUAGUUUAAAGAUAAUUUUUGAGAAAGCUAAAGUUCCACUUAAAAUUUCAGCUUUUGGAACUUUUAAUCUAUCUAUUGAGACUUUCAAAUCCAUUGUUGGCACAGCUUAUUCAUACUUUAUGGUUUUAAACCAAAUCAAAAAGAAAAGUCUCGAGUAAAAUAACUACCGGUAC